CUCCAUCCAAGAAAUUUAGGUACGUAACACAUCUGGCUAGCAGGAAUUGUUCGAGUUGCAGUGUACAUCUUCGAAGUGGAAGGUCUGGGAGGUGAUGACUGUGACACAGACACUUACUUCUGGAGCCAUGUCUGAGGAACAUGCCAAGAAAGAGCAGCUUGGGCAGUGGGGGCGGGCUUGGCAAGUGGACUGGUUUUCCCUCAUCGCUGUGAUCCUGCUACUGUGCUUUGCACCCUUCAUUGUUUUCUUCUUCGUCAUGGCCUGUGAUCAAUACCAGUGCUCCAUAAGCCAUUGCCUGAUUGACCUUUUCAACGGUGAUUCGACACUGCUCUCUAUCUGGGACCAAGUACCCCCCCUCACGUGGACAUCAGCUAAAGUAUAUAUAAUUUGGGUGGCUUUCCAGGUUGUGCUAUACAUGUGUCUCCCAGACAUUACUCACAAGUUUUUGCCUGGCUAUGCUGGAGGGGUUCAAGAUGGGGCAAGAACCCCUGCAGGUCUCAUAAAUAAAUACCAGAUCAAUGGACUUCAGUCCUGGAUCAUCACCCAUGUGCUGUGGAUUGCUAAUGCCAGUUACUUCCACUGGUUCUCCCCAACUAUAAUCAUUGAUAACUGGAUUCCACUGCUAUGGUGCACCAACAUUCUGGGAUACGCCAUUUCCACCUUUGUAUUCAUCAAAGCAUACUUGUUCCCAACCAAUGCAGAAGACUGCAAAUUUUCUGGAAACAUAUUCUAUGAUUACAUGAUGGGAAUCGAAUUUAACCCUCGAAUUGGGAAAUGGUUUGACUUCAAGCUCUUCUUUAAUGGUCGACCUGGGAUAAUUGCUUGGACUCUCAUCAACCUGUCUUAUGCUGCUAAGCAACAGGAGCUGUAUGGUUAUGUCACAAACUCCAUGAUCCUAGUCAAUGUGCUCCAGGCUAUCUACGUGUUGGACUUCUUCUGGAAUGAGGCUUGGUACUUGAAAACCAUUGACAUAUGUCAUGACCACUUUGGAUGGUACCUUGGCUGGGGAGACUGUGUUUGGCUGCCUUUCCUUUAUACUUUACAGGGGCUUUACCUGGUCUACAACCCCAUCCAGCUCAGUACUCCUCAUGCUUUAGGGGUUCUUCUGUUGGGCCUCGUGGGGUACUACGUCUUUCGUUCAACUAACCACCAGAAGGACCUCUUCCGUCAGAGUAACGGAAACUGCACUAUCUGGGGUCAAAAACCCACAUUCAUCGAAUGCCAGUACAACUCAUCUGAUGGCAGCACUCAUAAAAGCAAGCUGCUAACUUCAGGAUUUUGGGGGCUGGCUCGCCACUUCAACUACACUGGUGACCUGAUGGGCUCCCUCGCCUACUGUGCGGCUUGUGGAGGAACACACCUGCUGCCCUACUUCUACUUUGUUUACAUGACCAUUCUGUUGGUACACCGAUGCGUGCGAGAUGAGCACCGUUGCGGUGCCAAAUAUGGCCAGGACUGGAAGCGUUACACAGAUGCUGUGCCCAACCGACUUAUUCCUGGAAUAUUCUAGAGGAUAAAAGAGAUCAUCGAGGAUAGUGCUGGGUUGAAGAUGGCGUUAAAUCAUGACUACUGCGAAAAAUUGACAUGCCGCCAUAAUUUCUAUAUGAGGCAACUUACAAAAAACACUGAAUAACCGUAAACAACAUGCACAUUGCACAGAGAUACAGCAGAGGCACAGACUUUUCCAGUCAUCAUAAUGUGAGAUUAUUAAGUAACAGUGUAGAUGUAGGUAUGGAAAUGUGUUAAGUGAAUAAACAAUCUUUUUACUUUGGAA